UCAAUUCUGCAAGUAGUUCUAAUUUACUAUCGCUGUUCCCUAGCUGAUCUAAAACCGCUUUUGACCUAAAGGGACGCUUUUUGGACGCCAUGGACGUUUCUCAGUUUCCAGGCAGAAAGAACAGUAAAAAUGCAGGCAGGGCACAGGACAAAGCACUAGGGACAAAAUGUAUGUGAAAUGCUUUGAUACAUGAAUGUCACUUUUUUGUCAUUUUCUAAUUUCCUGCCGUUCCGUCCCCCAUACGUCCCGACGCUCGCAGAGGACGGAACCCAGAUGAAAUAUGCCAGCAUCCGCCGGAUUACAUUGCCGGGGACACUGCAGGAGGGACAU